CAGGCUGGCGUCAACGUCGACCUGAGCGCCAAAUUCAAAUAUGCCGCCAUUUUGAAAGGGCUGAAUCCAUACGCGCGGCGCCGCCGAAGGUGGGGGCGUAGGCUAUGGUGGUCCCGGGACUGAGGGGUGAGGUCGCCAUGGCGCCCGGCUGCAAAACUGAGUUACGCAAUGUGACAAAUUGUCAGCCUAAUCAGCCAAGUAGUGAAGGUGAUGCCAUCAAAGUUUUUGUGAGAAUUCGUCCCCCUACAGAGGGUUCUGGAUCAGCUGAUGAAGAGCAAAACUUAUGCUUAUCUGUGCUCUCUUCUACAACCAUCCGGCUGCACUUGAACCCUGAGCCCAAGACCUUCACAUUUGAUCACAUUGCAGACAUGGACACCACUCAGGAGUCUGUUUUCUCAAUGGUGGCCAAACAUAUUGUGGAGUCUUGCUUGAGCGGCUAUAAUGGUACCAUCUUUGCAUAUGGACAGACUGGCUCUGGGAAAACAUUUACUAUGAUGGGACCAUCUGAAUCUGACAAUUUUUCUCAUAACCUGAGAGGAGUAAUCCCAAGAAGUUUGGAAUAUUUGUUUUCCUUAAUUGAUCGUGAAAAAGAGAAGGCUGGAGCUGGAAAGAGUUUCCUUUGUAAGUGUUCCUUUAUUGAAAUCUACAAUGAGCAGAUCUAUGACCUCCUGGACUCAGCAUCGGCUGGGCUGUAUCUGAGGGAGCACAUCAGGAGGGGUGUCUUUGUUGUUGGUGCGGUGGAGCAGGUGGUGACUUCAGCUGCUGAAGCCUAUCAGGUGUUGUUGGGAGGCUGGAGAAACAGACGUGUGGCAUCAACCUCAAUGAAUAGAGAAUCUUCUAGGUCUCAUGCAGUCUUUACAGUUACAAUAGAGUCAAUGGAAAAAAGCAACGAGACUGUGAAUAUACGGACUUCUUUACUCAAUAUGGUGGAUUUAGCAGGAUCUGAAAGGCAAAAAGACACCCAUGCAGAAGGGAUGAGAUUGAAGGAAGCAGGUAACAUAAACCGAUCAUUGAGCUGCUUGGGCCAAGUGAUUACUGCACUUGUCGAUAUGGGCAAUGGGAAACAGAGACAUGUGUGCUACAGAGACUCCAAACUCACCUUCUUACUCCGGGAUUCCCUUGGAGGUAAUGCCAAAACAGCCAUAAUUGCAAAUGUUCAUCCUGGAGCCAGGUGUUUUGGGGAAACCCUGUCAACGCUUAACUUUGCUCAAAGAGCCAAGCUGAUUAAAAAUAAGGCAGUGGUAAAUGAAGACACCCAAGGAAAUGUGAGCCAGCUCCAAGCUGAAGUGAAGAGGCUCAAAGAACAGCUUGCUCAGCUUGCUUCAGGGCAGGUGCCACCAGAAAGAUUCCUGAGCACAGACAAAAAUGAGACUAAUUACAUGAAGUAUUUCCAAGAGGCAAUGUUAUUCUUUAAGAAAGCUGAGCAGGAAAAGAAGUCUCUGGUAGAAAAAGUUACCCAACUAGAAGAUCUGACCCUCAAAAAAGAAAAAUUUAUACAGUCUAAUAAAAUGAUUGUGAAAUUCCGUGAGGAUCAAAUAAUGCGCUUGGAGAAGCUUCAUAAGGAGUCUCGGGGAAGUUUUCUGCCUGAGGAGCAGGAUCGUUUGCUGUCAGAAUUAAGGGAUGAGGUUCAAACCCUACGAGAACAAAUAGAGCACCACCCCAGAGUGGCAAAGUAUGCUAUGGAAAAUCAUUCCCUCAGGGAGGAGAAUAGAAGACUGAGAUUAUUAGAGCCCGUGAAAAGAGCCCAAGAAAUGGAUGCCCAGACCAUUGCAGUACUAGAAAAAGCUUUCUCCGAACUAUUUGGCGCAGAAAAAAGUGACAAAAACCAAGUUGCUUCCUUAUUAUCGGGUCAUCAAGGAUUCUCUCCUAAAACUCUGAAAGAGCCAUGUUCAUUAGCAAACACUGAGAAGCUAAAGGCACAACUCCUGCAAAUUCAGACAGAGCUGAACAAUUCAAAGCAAGAAUAUGAAGAAUUCAAGGAGCUAACUAGGAAAAAGCAAUUAGAAUUAGAAUCGGAGCUUCAGUCUUUGCAAAAAGCAAACCUUAAUCUUGAAAACCUUUUGGAAGCAACAAGGGCCUGCAAGCGGCAAGAAGUUUCUCAACUGAAUAAAAUUUGUGCGGAAACACUUAAGAUUAUAACUACACCAACCAAGGCAUAUCAACUUUGGUCUCGACCAGUACCAAAAUUAAGCCCAGAAAUGGGGAGCUUUGGCUCUGUGCACAUUAAGAAUUCUAGCAAAUUAGAUUCUGAUAUCUUAAAUGAGCCAGUACCACUUGAGAUGAGUGAACAAGCUUUUGAGGCCAUUUCUGAAGAGCUUAGAAUGGUGCAGGAACAAAUGAAUGUCCUUCAAGUUAAGUUGGAUGACGAAGAACAUAAAAACCUAAAGCUUAAGCAGUACAUUGACAAAGUAGAGCAUCACUCAGUACAGAUGCAGGAGUUUUUUUGGUCAGAAAGAACUAACUGGACCAAACAGCAGCAAGAGCGUCUCUCACAGUUGAAUGUCAUUGAAAAGCAGCUCCAGGACACGCAAGCUAACAAUGUCUUUUUGAAAAGUGAAGUGCAUGACCUGCGAGUAGUUCUUCAUUCUGCAGACAAGGAGCUCUCUUCGGUGAAACUGGAAUAUUGUUCAUUCAAAGAGAGUCAGGAGAAAGAACUCAACAACCUUUCUGAAAGACACAUGCACAUACAGCUUCAACUCGAUAAUGUCAGAUUAGAAAAUGAAAAGCUUCUUGAGAGCAAAGCCUGCCUACAGGAUUCCUAUGACAACUUACAAGAAGUAAUGAAGUUUGAAAUUGACCAAUUUUCAAAAAACCUCCAAACCUGCAAAAAAGAAAAUGAAACUCUGAAAUCUGACCUGAAUAAUUUGAUGGAGCUUUUUGAGGCAGAAAAAGAUCGCAAUAACAAACUAUUAUUACAAUUUGAAGAAGAUAAAGAAAACAGUUCUAAAGAAAUCUUAGAAGUUCUUGAGGCUGUACGACAGGAGAAACAGAAAGAGAUGGCCAAGUGUGAACAGCAGAUGGCAAAAGUACAAAAACUAGAAGAGAGUUUGUGUGCUACUGAAAAAGUAAUCAGUUCUCUGGAGAAAUCUAGAGAGGCUGACAAGGAAGUUGUAGCUGACCUCAUGAGCCACAUCCAGGAGCUAAGAACGUCAGUUUGUGAGAAAACAGAAAUUAUUGAUACCCUGAAGCAAGAAGUAAAGGACAUAAACUUCCAAUACAGCUCUGUUUUGGUUGACAAAGAAGAGAGCAAAGGCUUGAUUAAGAGACAGGAAAUGGAGAUUCUGGACCUGAGAGAAACCAUUAGACUGAGAAUACUUUCUGAGGACAUAGAGAGGGAUAUGCUCUGUGAGGAUCUGGUUCAUGCCACUGAGCAGCUGAACCUGCUCACUGAGGCCUCAAAAAAGCACUCAGGGCUACUGCAGUCUGCCCAGGAUGAGCUGACCAGGAAGGAGGCCCUGAUCCAGGAACUUCAGCACCAGCUAAACCAGAAGAAAGAGGAAGUAGAACAGAAAAAGAAUGAAUAUAACUUCAAAAUGCAGCAGCUGGAACACGUGAUGGAUUCUGCUGCCGAGCACCCCCAGAGCCCGAGAACACCACCUCAUUUUCAAACACAGUUGGCAAAACUACUGGAAACACAAGAACAAGAGAUAGAAAAUGGAAGAGCUUCUAAGAUCUCUCUGCAACACCUUGUAACAAAGCUAAAUGAAGAUAGAGGGGCCAAAAAUGCUGAAAUCCUCAGAAUAAAGGAGCAGUUGUGUGAAAUGGAAAACCUACGCCUGGAAGCUGAACAGUUGAGAGAGAAAAACUGGCUUUUGCAAGAUCAGCUGGAUGAUAUUAAAAGACAAAGGGACAGUUGCCAACAGAGUCAUCUAGACAGUCAACAACUGAAGAAUGAACAGGAAGAAAUUAUCAAAGAAAGGCUUGCUAAAAAGAAAUUAGUUGAAGAAGUGCUGAAAAUGAAAGCAAACCUAGAGGAAGUCCAGAGUACCCUUCAGAGCAAAGACACAGAAUGCCUUAGAAUGACUGAGGAGGUCGAGCGAACCAGAACUUUAGAGUCUAAAGCAUUCCAAGAAAAGGAACAACUGAGAUCAAAGCUCGAGGAGUUGUAUGAAGAAAAGGAAAGAAUAUUCCAGGAGAAGGAAAUGUUAAGGAAGCAGGUGGAAUGUCUUACUGAAGAAAAUGGAAAGUUGGCAGGUCACCAAAACCUGCAUCAAAAGAUUCAGUACGUAGUGCGGCUAAAGAAGGAAAAUAUCAGACUUGCUGAGGUAUUAGAAAAGCUACGUGUUGAGAAUGUGUUUUUAAAAGAAAAGAAAAAGAACGAAUCUUAAGGAUCCUGGUCAACUACAAGUUUACCUUGUUUGGAAACUUUUUUCCUCUUAAUAAAAGCAAAACCUAUCUUUGUGCACUUA